AGAAGUACACAUAUUUAUGAUGUUUGAACAGUGAGGCAUUUCUUAUGAAUCUGUUUAUCGGUCUGUAGCCCCUCCCUAAAGAGAGAGAGAGAGUAAGAGCUUGCUUGUUCAUUGAGACUUUGGCGCUGGGGUAUAUAAAUGAUUGCCAAGUAUUUUGUUCUCUCUGUUUGUGACAGCACUAAGACAUGGCUACUGCAGGAAAGGUGAUUAAAUGCCGGGCUGCUGUUGCAUGGGAGCCCAAUGUUCCACUGGUGAUAGAAGAGAUCGAAGUGGCCCCGCCUCAAAAGAAUGAAAUAAGAAUCAAGGUGAUAGCUACAGGUGUGUGUCACUCAGACCUGUACCAUCUGUUUGAGGGGAAGCACAAGGAUGGCUUCCCUGCCGUCCUGGGCCAUGAGGGGGGCGGUGUGGUGGAGAGUGUUGGACCUGGAGUCACCGAAUUCAAACCAGGUGAUAAGGUCAUCCCCCUGUUUGUCUCUCAGUGUAAAGAGUGCAAGUUCUGUAAGAGUCCUAAGACUAACCUGUGUGAGAAAAGCUGGUCAACUGAACGGUAUGCUCAGAUGUCCGACACUGACACACGCUUCACGUGUCGUGGCAAGCCAGUCCUGCAGUUCAUGGGCACCAGCACAUUCUCCGAGUACACCGUUUUGAACCAGAUUGCUGUGGCAAAGAUCCAGGACGAUGCCCCGCUUAACCGUGUUUGCCUGCUUGGCUGUGGCAUCUCCACUGGCUAUGGAGCUGCCGUCAAUACUGCCAAGGUAGAGCCAGGCUCCGUGUGUGCAGUGUUCGGGAUGGGUGCAGUGGGGCUCGCUGCGGUCAUGGGCUGCAAGAACGCCGGAGCCUCUAGGAUCAUUGCUGUGGACAUCAACGAGCAGAAGUUUGAAAAGGCGAAGGUCUUUGGUGCCACAGACUUUGUGAACCCUAAAGCACACAAAAAGCCGAUCAACGAGGUUCUGAUAGAAAUGACCAAUGGAGGGGUGGAUUACUCACUGGAGUGUGUGGGCAAUGUGGCUGUUAUGAGGAGUGCGCUGGAGUCAUGUGUCAAGGGCUGGGGUGUGAGCGUGCUCGUCGGCUGGACGGAUCUUUAUGACUUCUCGGCUCGGCCAAUACAGCUAAUUGCUGGAAAAACCUGGAAAGGAACCCUGUUUGGAGGCUUUAAGGGCAAAGACUCUCUCCCAAAACUAGUCCUGGACUACAUGGCUGGCCGUAUAAAGCUUGAUGAGUUUGUGACACACACAGUGAGCCUGGAGCAGAUCAAUGAUGCCAUUCAGCUCAUGAAGACUGGGGGCUGCAUUCGAACUAUCGUGAACGUGUCCAAAUGAGAAGUCAGCAGCCAGAGACCUGCCACAACUAGAUUCAACCCAAAUGAUUACUCUUUGCCCUGUCUUCUGCUAGCAAUUCUUUCAGCAUGUCUAAUUACUAAUGUGUUCUGUCUUGAACAAGAGGCAAUGCUCUAAAGCUAUACAAUACUCUUGAAAUAAGUGUGCAAUUUUAAGUACUAUGCCUGGCCCAUUGCUCAAUGACCUUGCUUUACGUAGACUUAUACAGAUAUCUAUGCAACUGAUGCUCUUGUGUAAAACAGCAAAAUAAAAGAUGCUUAGUAAAAGUCCAACUGCAAAAAGCUCCUGCUUUACACCUUCAUAAGAACACCUUUUUAUCCCAGGCCCUUUAUAAGCAUGUGGAUCUUACUUAACUGACCAAAAAUUCACCCCAGAACUAAAAUACAACUCAAUGAAAGACUAGGCUCUGCUGACUGCCAUGAUUUGAAACAUCUGUUCAUUUUCACUCCGUAUACAUAACACAACAGGAGUCAGGAAAUGUUGAAAUACGUCCAGUAAUGUGUUCCUCCACCUCACUAGAGCCGACUGACAAAAUGAAGCCAAAUGUCAUUUGACCAAUACAAUCUUCAGACUAAAUAAAUGCGUUUGUAGUCA